AUGGAAGAAUCUAGCUCAGAAAUCCAGUCACCACUUACAGAAAAUUUUCCCCCAGUCCCUUCUGCAACUUUGGAUUCCUGCCCCCUGAUCCUGGAAAAUGACCCAUCCCUGGAACACUUGGAAAAAGAAGAAACCAAAAACCUUGGAUUGGAAACAGAAAUCUUACCAAUUCCUUCAGAAAUAUCCUUACCAUGUGCCUUGAUUGAAGAGAAUUACUCCCCAGCAGUAUCAGUUACCUUGGAAUUUCCCCCCCUGAUCUCUCAAAAUUGUGAAGAAUUGGAACCCUUGGACAAUAAGGAACAACAAAAUCCAGGACCAGAAAUUUCCCCCUUUCAAGUGGAAGAAAUCCCAGACAAACCUGUUCCUGGAUUUGCAAAAUUCCGAGAAAUCCUGAAACAAAAGUACACUGUAGAAGAUAACAGCAACCCAGAAGAUGCAUCAAACUUAGAAGAAACAGAAGGGAAUAAAUUAGGUUUAUUCUUGGAUUCAAAAAAUCAGCUUCAGUACCCCAGGAAUGAUAUCAUGGUUGCUAAACCUGAAGGAAUUGGAACUCAAGUGGAUCCAAGUUCAGGAAUUAGACCAAUCAUUUUCUCACAAAUAUUCUCCCCAUCAGAAGAUAUCCGAGACAGCCUUGAACCUGAAUUACCUGAAAUCCUUGAGGAAAGCUUUGGAGAAAAGGUAACUGUAGAAAGUUUUACCAAUACCUUGAUCCCAGUGAAUGUGCCAGCCUUAAACCCAAUAGUAUCAGAUCAGCUGCCUACCAACAUUUCAGAAGUUCUUACUACUGAAAAGACUGAAGCUCCAGAUAGUACCAGCUCUGAAAUUCCACAGUUUGGAUCACCAAAAAUUUGCACCCAGAAGGAUUCACCCUCCCUUGGAAAGUCCUAA